AGGGAACCCUUAAAGCAGUGCCUCCCUGCACUUCUCCAGGACGCCCAGUAGGUGGUGCCAGCCGGUGGCUGUCUGCUCUUGCUCUGACACUUCUUCCAGACCUGUUGCAUUUUCAUUCAGCUGCUUGACUGGUGCAUUGGGAAGGCAGGCAGCUCUCAGCUGUAUUCCAGAAGCUGAUCAGGUCUCCUGCUGUUGGUUACAGCAAAGCCAUACACUUUAUUAUCAUUAUCAUUGUCAUCAUGGUGCCCUCUUCUCUCAGGCAGACCCAGGAGGAUCACAAGAGGUCAUGAAGAUCUGAACACUCCAUAUCACCUCUCUGUACAAUUUAUGGACAUUGUCUUCUCCAUUCAGCAGAUCCAUAAAGAUUGAUGUGGAGUAGAAGUGGGAGCAAGUUCUAGGAAGUAUAAAUGAAGAUGGGAAGGUGUGUUGACUACAAGCUGGCCUCUGGGAUGCUGGCAGCAUGGAUAAUUAUAUCACUGGCUGUUCCAUCUUCAAGAUAUCAGGCUAAAGCUGAGCAAGAACAAGGAGCGUACUUUCUUCCGGAGUUUGCACUGUCUCCACAAGGAAGUUUUCUGGAAGACACAACAGGGGAACAAUUUUUGACUUACCGCUAUGAUGAUCAGACAUCUAGAAUUACCCGAUCUGACAACGACAAAGAUGUUGGCUGGGAUGCCUGGGGCACCUGGAGUGACUGUUCUCGUACCUGUGGGGGAGGCGCAUCCUACUCUUUGCGGAGAUGUCUCAAUGGCCGGAGCUGUGAAGGACGAAACAUUCGUUACAGAACAUGCAGCAAUAAUGACUGUCCUUCUGAUGUUGGAGACUUCAGGGCCCAGCAGUGUUCCGCACACAAUGAUGUGAAGUACCAGGGGCAGUAUUAUGAAUGGCAGCCAGUAUAUAAUGAUGCCACAGCUCCCUGUGCUCUGAAAUGUCAAGCGGUGGGGAAAAACCUAGUCGUGGAACUUGCUCCAAAAGUUCUAGAUGGUACCCGGUGUAACACAGACUCUGCAGAUAUGUGCAUCAGCGGUAUUUGCCAGGCCGUGGGCUGUGAUCGGCAGCUUGGGAGCAAUGCCAAAGAAGACAAUUGUGGAGUGUGUGCCGGAGAUGGGUCGACUUGCAGGCUGGUGAGGGGACAAUCCAAAUCUCAUCUUUCCCCUGAAAAACGAGAAGAGACAGUAAUUGCUGUACCGCAUGGAAGUCGUAGUGUGAGAAUAACAGUAAAAGGACCAGCUCACGUUUUAAUUGAGUCCAAAACGUUGCAAGGUGAAACUGGGGAGCACAGCUUUGCAACGCCUGGAAGCUAUGUAAUAGAAAACACAACAGUGGAAUUUCAAAAAGGAUCAGAAAGGGAAAUUUUAAAAGUGCCAGGACCACUGCGAGCAGAUUUCAUCAUUAAGACUAGGUACGUCUCCUCCAAGGACAGUGUUGUGCAGUUUUUUUUCUACCAGCCCAUUAGUCACCAGUGGAGACAGACAGACUUCUUUCCGUGCACUGUAACCUGCGGAGGAGGAUAUCAGCUGAAUUCUGCUGAGUGUGUUGAUAUCCGGUAUAAUCGUACUGUCCCAGACCAUUACUGUCAUUAUUAUCCAGAAAAUAAGAAGCCUAAACCAAAGCUGAAGGAGUGCAACAUGGAUCCCUGCCCAUCCAGUGAUGGGUUUAAAGAGAUAAUGCCCUAUGACCAUUUCCAGCCUCUUCCACGAUGGGAGCACAACCCAUGGACAGCAUGUUCAGUUUCGUGCGGUGGAGGAACUCAGAAGCGCACCAUUGUAUGUGUAGAGGAAACAAUACAAGGGGAAAUAUUGCAGGUGGAGGAGUGGAAGUGUAUGUAUGCUCCCAAACCUGCUGUUUUGCAGACCUGUAACCUCUUUGACUGCCCCAAAUGGAUGGCUAUGGAGUGGUCACAGUGUACAGUGACGUGUGGAAGAGGCUUGCGCUAUAGAGUGGUGUUAUGUAAUGACCAUCGUGGGCAACACACAGGGGGCUGCAAUCCCCAGCUGAAGCCACAUAUAAAGGAGGAAUGCAUUGUACCUGUACCAUGUUACAAACCCAGAGAAAAGUUCCCUGUGGAAGCUAAACAUCCGUGGCUGAAACAAGCACAGGAACUAGACGAGACUAGAACAGCAUCAGAUCAGCCAACGUUUAUACCAGAAGCCUGGUCUCCCUGUAGUGUCACGUGUGGUCGAGGCAUGCAGGUGAGGGAAAUAAAGUGCCGCAUUCUGUUGACGUUCACCCAGACUGAAUUAGAAUUGCCAGAUGAAGAAUGUGAGGAUGAAAAGCCAGCCCUGGAAAGAACUUGUCAUCUGCCAUCAUGCCAUGGUGAUACAACUGCCCUGGCAUCAGAACUUCUUCCAGAAUGGGAAGAUUCCACUGAAAUAUAUGACUGGGAAUACAUUGGCUUCACACCUUGCUCCAGCAGCUGCUCAGGAGGAAUACAAGAAGCUAUAGCAGCAUGUCUUCAUAUCCAAACAAAACGAAUAGUAAACAACUCUUUCUGCGACAGCUCAAUGCGUCCACCUGCAAUGACCAGAGCCUGCAACACUAAGCUCUGCCCUCCAAGGUGGCAGAUUGGACCCUGGAGCAGAUGCUCGGCAACAUGUGGAGUAGGAAUACAAACAAGGGAUGUGCAUUGCUCUGGCCUGGCUGAGUCUGGCAACAAUUCUGAACAAGAGUGUGGCGGUAACAAGCCAUCGGCACUGCAGCCAUGUAACCAGAAUGAUUGCCCUCCAGCUUGGCAUGUGGAAGACUGGCAACAGUGUUCUCGGACGUGUGGAGGAGGUGUCCAAAACCGCAAAGUGAGUUGCAAACAGUUGUUGGCAGAUGGGAGCUUUAUGAAACUUUCUGAAGAACUCUGCCAGAUGCAAAAACCAGCUAGUUAUAAACCUUGUGGGAAAGUAGAUUGUCCCCUGCAGCUAACUACAGGAGAAUGGUCCAAGUGCUCUGUGAAAUGUGGCAUUGGAAUCCAGAGAAGAACACUGGCUUGUCAGAAGGUAUCAGCCAAGGGACAAUUAGUCAUUGUCAACGGAUCUCUGUGCCACGGACUCCCUAUUCCAGCUCUUGUUAGAACGUGUCGUGUUGCUGUAUGCCACAAAAAUAAACAGCAUCUGUCAAAACAAGAGGAAGGAUAUGGCCCACCAGAAAUUCUCAGUAUCCAUCGGGUUUACAUUCAGACCAGACAAGAAAAGCGCAUUAAUUUUACAAUUGGAAGCAGAGCAUAUUUACUUCCUAGAACGUCUGUUGUGAUAAAGUGCCCAGUGCGCCGCUUCCAAAAAUCUCUUAUAAAAUGGGAAAAAGAUGGACAACCUGUCAGAAAUUCCAAAAAACUUGGAGUCACAAAAUCAGGAUCACUGAAAAUUCAUAACUUGGACGUUCAGCAUAUAGGUGUGUACAAGUGCAUUGCACACUCUGCUUAUGACACCUUUGUUCUUAAGUUGAUUGGCACCGAUAACAGACUCCUGGAGCCACCAAAUUUUGAAAAAGAUGCUAACGAAGCAAAUAAUUUGGGGGCUAAAUGGCAUAAAAUGAGCAAAAUUUGGAAAUCAUGGAAUAAAAACAAUAAUUUGCACCACGAAGGCAGCCAAGCCCAAGAUGUUAUGGUAUUAAGGAGUCUUGAAACUCUAGUGACAAACUCUGCUGAGGUAUAUGGUUCCCAAGAGUUUAAAGACAAGAGACUGGAGGCUGCAGUCCUACAAGGUGCUUACAGUAUGGACACUGUUCAGUUUGAAGCUCUGGUUAGAAACAUGAGUGAACUCAUCGAAGCUGGGCAAAUCAGUGAUGAAUUUGCUAGCCAGAUUAUAUCUCAUGUAGUGAAUGAGCUGUCGAAACCACAGCCACCUCUGGAAAAAUGGAAGGUUCCCAGUGAAGAUAAUGUAUCAGACCAUAAACUGGAUGGAAAAGAACCAAAUGCUGUAGGCCAUUUCAGUGACAAAGCCAUGGAAAAGAAUCAUAUAAACAGAUUACUGAUCAUUCGCAAACAAAAUAAUGGAAAUAUAUUGUCAUCUAACAAGACUUUACACUUGGUCAUUGGGAGUAAUGCAUUCAUUACAAACAGCACAAUGCUCAUUAAAAUCUAUUGUGAUGUUGACAGUGAAGCUGCCACAAAAUUUAGUUGGAGCAAAAAUGGAGAAUCUCUGAAAUUUUCUGACAGGGUUUCACUAGAGAACAGUAGAACACUUCUUAUAGAAAAUCCAACGGUGGAAGAUAUGGGCUUGUAUCAGUGUACAGCUGUUAAUGGGCAAGGGUCUGAUAUGGAAUAUUCACACUUAUACUUUGCAGAAGCACCUGUUAUCCAGAUCUUCAGAAGGAACAUCACCAGCUUGAACAGGGACAGCAUAAUGGCCAUUGUGGGUGACAAUUUGGUGACCAGAACGGGACUGAAUGUAACUCUGGAUUGCCCUGUAAAAGGGUUACCUAAUCCCAAAUUAACCUGGAUGAGAAAAGACCACUCCUUGCCAAACAAUUCAUUUGUGCUUUCAAACGGUUCCCUGCAGCUAACAAAUAUCAGCUCUGAAAACGAAGGGAUGUACAUUUGCACUGCAAUAAAUGUACUUGGAAGAACAGUAGCAAUGACUGUUCUACACUUAUCUGAUCAAAAAGCAUACAAUUCUACUGAAGAUCUUUCCAGGAAAGGCAAAAGGCGAGUUCUCAUGGCGUCUUCAGUGGGCACUAGCGUUUCUGGUAAAGCUGGGGACCUCCUACGUAUCGGUUGUCCAGUGCAGACAAGCCACCAGAACACCAUUCAUUGGUUUCUAAGGAAGCAACCGAUAGAAGAAAUUAAGGGUUUCAAAUACCGGAUUCUUGUAUCUGGCCGUGUAUUGGAAAUAAAUUCUUUGUCAGAACAGAGUACUGGAGAAUACAGAUGUUGGACUUCAAAUAACUCAAAGACAAUGUCUGCUUGGGUGAAUGUGUCCCUGCAAGUGUACAGUCUACAAUAUGGUGAGUGGACACCUUGCUCAACAUCAUGUGGAAACAUGGGCUCUCAAGUCAGAACACAGCACUGUGUGAACUCUGAAGGGCAGAAAGUGGACAAUUCAUUGUGUGAACAUCUUCAGCCUUUAGCAGCCAGUACUCAGUUAUGUAACAUACAGGACUGUCCAAUAAGAUGGGCCACAAGUUCAUGGUCUGAAUGUUCUGCCUCCUGUGGCACAGGAUUCCAGCUCAGACAAGUGGCGUGCCAACAACUAAUGGCAGAUGGUAGUGUAAAGGUGCUGGCUUUAAAUUACUGUGGACUCACCAAUCGACCAGCGGCAAGGAAGCCUUGUGUGACUGAUACCUGUGUGGACUGGGUUCCUCAACCUUGGGGACAGUGUUUUAAUCGCUGCACCGGACAAGGAAUGGGCUUACAGCAUCGGCACAUUGUGUGUCAGAACCGGAAUGGAACCGUGGUGCCAGACACUUACUGUGUUAGAAGAAAGAGGCCCGCUUCCAGAAGGGACUGUUCUUCGGAGAUGUGCGAUGUGUACUGGAGGACAGGCCCCUGGAGACCGUGCACUGCAGCAUGUGGAAAUGGUUUUCAGUCUCGGAAAGUAGACUGUGUGCAUAGGAAGAACGGCAAAGUUUUGGCUGAUCAAUACUGUGUGUGGAAACGGAGGCCCAUGACUUGGCAGCGCUGCAAUAUUACGUCCUGUGGAAAAGGAGAAUGCAAGGAUACAACUCACUACUGUACAUUUGUAAAACAGCUUAAGCUGUGCUUAUUAGAGCUCUACAAACAGAGAUGUUGUGAAUCGUGUAACGGAGCGUAACUUCUCCUGAAAAACCGUGCUCUGCGGUAAACUGAAGAGAUGAGAAGGAUCCUCAAAAAACUUGUAAAAAGUUUGUACAUUUAGGUUUAAUAUUUAGAAUUUAGAGGUCUAUUCAAUGGAACACCCCUGCUGCCCACUGGAAACAGAAAAGCAUAAACCUAAAAGUGAAAUAAAAUAGAGUCUGUAUGGCCGAAUCCCACUUUAUAGACGUUACCAGGAUUAAAUAACUAAUGUUGAAGGGCCAACAAACUUUAAAAUAAAUGAUGUUAUAGUUAAACUUUAAAAUACUUUAUGUUAAGAAGCUAAAAUUUCCAACAUUGAGCCUAGGUUCACAC